AUGCCUUACACAUUAUCUGAAAGUGAAGUUAGUGCUGCCAGACUUUUGGAGGGGAGUGUGAAUUCAGCAAUGUUGUCCAUAGGUAUCAUAUUUGUAUCUAUUGCUGUUGCCAUGGCGAUGGACAGCAAUUUUCACAUGAAGAAAAUAACAAUUACCGAGCCAUGGAUGACGCUACUGAAAGGGCCGAACGUGUGUUCGAGUCAAGAAGUGGCCGACACUGGGGAGAGGUAUUCCUCUAAAUGCAUGAUUGCCCAACAUCACGAUAUAUGUGGACAAGAAACGUUCAUUCGCUUCCAUUGUUGUCCUGGUUACGAGAUCUUGGAUGGAGAGAAGGGCUGCACAGGAGUCACCGAGAUGGACAAUCUGUAUAAAUCCAUGGACCAAUACGGGAGCUGGAACUUCCAAAAGGAAACCAUGGUAGCUGGUUUACAAGACACGUUAGAAAACAAGGGUGCAUUUACAUUAUUUUCCCCAUUGGAUAAUGCUGUCUCUAAUAUGCCUACAGAAAUGAGAGAACAAUUGGAUUCAGACGGGGAGAAUAUGAUAAAGAACCAUGUGCUCAGAGGACGAGUUUACACCUCGAGUAUGGAGAACGGUGAAGAGUUGACUACCCUCUCAGAUACAAUGAGUCCUAUAAGAGUCAACAAAUAUGAUAACGGAAUAACAACUGUAAAUUGUGCAAGGAUUGUCCAAGCAGAUGUUGAGACAACCAACGGUCUGCUGAACACAGUGGAUAGGGUAAUCCAACCAAUUCACGACAAGCCGAGCAUAUUCGAAACUUUGCUACACGAUCCUGAGAGUCGCUUUAACGACUUAUCUGCGGCUCUAAUCACUACAGAGCUUGCGAAUACACUCAGAGACAACAAAGGACCGUACACCAUAUUCGCUCCAACAGACGAGGCAUUUGCUGCCAUCCCAGAUGAUAUUCUGUCCAAAGUUCUUGCUGACAGAAGCCUAUUGAAAGCUUUGCUUCAGGCUCAUAUUCUAAGAUCAGAUCUUUGUUCGGCGUCUAUGACGUCACAGAAAAAUGUCGUCACAAUGGAGGGAUCCAAGACGAAACUAGGGUGUCUUGGCAGAGGGAAGCUGGCGUUUGGAAAAGCAAAGACCACGAAAUCUGACAUUUUGACGAACAAUGGCAUUAUACAUGUCAUUGACGCCGUCAACAUACCUGAUAUAAUAAAAGAUGCAAGGACUUUGCUGAGUGAUAUGAAGAUUAAAGUGUUCACUGAAAAGAUGGAAGAGAGUGGAAUGGCGGAUAUGCUGAACCCUACUGAUGGUGAUCAUACCUUCCUGGUGCCAAGUGACGAAGCGUUCAAUUCAAUGACACUGGAACAACUAAAACGAUUGAACACCGAUCCAACAGUUUUGAAAUACCACCUGAUUCCCGGGAAGAUAACGACAAACGAUGUGUUAGACAAACAGUUGAUCAAAACAGAGGGACUGAAUGGUGCUGCUGCCCAGUUUGGCGUUCGAGUUUCGGUGAAGAGAAACGGUUAUUCGGUGAAUGGCGCCAAAAUAGUGGACUCGAAUCAUAAAAGUGGUAGCGGAAUUAUCCAUGUCAUUGACAGGGUUCUAUUUCCCCCUGAACCCACCGUCAUGGAUGUUAUAGCCAGCAACCCCAGUCUAAGCACAUUCUACGAGCUAAUACAAAAAUCAGGCUAUGAAGAAAGGCUUCGAAAUGCAGAUGGUCACUACACUAUUCUUGCUCCAAGUGAAUACGCCUUCAGUUACCCUGGGCGAAAAUACGUUAGAGAGUUGUUGAACGACACCAGACGACUUGAAAAUUGGGUCGAGAAUCAUAUUCUUUGGAACGAAUUCCAUACGGUUGCUGCAAAACCAUUGAUGACGUAUAGAAUGAAAGCAUUGAAUGGGCAAAUUGUGAACAUAAGUAGACCCAACGAUCGUCCUACGAUUGUCAUUAACGAUGAUGGCGAGAUCACCACUCGAGAUGUUGUAUCUGAGAAUGGUGUUGUCCAUAUUAUAAGCAGAGUGAUUGAAUGUGAAGAAUGCGAUGAAUUAAACGAUGACGAAGAUAGUAAGGCAAAUUCUGGAAAUAGUGUUAUCAUAAUGAAAAGCAAUAUCAAGGUAAAGGUGGAGAAACCAGUUAUUCCUGAGAACCCAGAUAAUAACGUCAUUAACACCUUUGGUGGUGUUCCCGAUCGACAUCGAGGCAGAAGUAGUUCCGGUAUAAGAGUUUCCGGUGGUAGAUCAAGGUCACGUGGAAAUUUAAUCGGAAAUGAAGAUUUAAUUGAGAGACCGGUACCAGAUGGCGAGCAAUCUAGCCUUAUCAACCUGCAAGGUGCCACACUUGAUCAUGAUGGUGACAAAUGGGUGGUCGUGACAAUCAGUGGAAAGAUAAUUAAGCUUGCAGAUCUUGGCGUUGAUAUUGAUUUUAGUUCUGAACCUCAACUAGUAAGAGAUGGGCAGAAGUGGUAUGUAGUAGCUGACGAAAAUAGAUACCCCCUCAAUUUAAUAACCAACAGAUCCACUGAUCUGCAUGUAUCGGAAGAUAACUUCGAAAUUAAAACAAAACAGAUCGAUCUCUAUGGUGCAAUCUUGAAACGGGAAAAUCACAACUGGAUUGUUGAGACUACAAAUGGAGCCACGUAUAAUUUGAACGAUAUGGGCGUAGAUAUUGGAUUAGAUUCUAAACCAAGUUUGGAAAAUGUUAAUGGGGUAUGGUAUUGCGUACUUGAAAGUGGCGAACGAUUUGUCAUAAACGUUGAUCGAGCAAUGACAGAUGAGUCAAGCACUACAAGUCCCAUUGAUACCGUCGAACAAACUUUUACUGGUGUUCCAGAACUUACUAGUGAUGAUCUAUUCUCGUUUGAAGGUGCAAGUCUCAAGAAGCAACUUGGUAAAUGGAUUCUUCUCACAUCAACUGGACAGAGUGUCAAACUGACAAAUUUGGGUGUAAAUCUAAGACAAAACGCUCGCCCUGCUUUGUCCAAAACGGAUAGUGGUUGGUUGAUAACACUUCCAAAUGGCAAAUCAUUUACUGUUGUCCCUCCAGUACCGGUUGAAGUCACUGAAUUAGAAGGCGCGGAGCUCUUUAAACACCCGGAUUAUGCAUCGUGGUACAUUAGAAUGAAUGACAAUCGGGAGAUACCUGUGAAAUACUUGAUAGGGGUUGAUAUACUAAUAAACGCCGCCAAGCCGACAAUUAUACUCGAGAAUGAUAGAUGGUAUCUGGUCACAGAAGAUGGUACUAAGUACUUGAUUGUAACUUACACUGGAGAACGGUACGUAUCUGAGAUCAAUACAAAAGAGGGUUUUACCUUUUCUGGAAAGGAUCUCGAAACGUCAAAAGUACAGAAAAUCAACGGUUUGUGGUUCCUGACCACACAGAGCUCCGGGACAUUUGAACUCCGUGAUCUAGGCAUCAAUGUUGGAAGUACAGAAACUCCAUCUUUAGAAAAUAACGGAGAUGCUUGGUUCAUAGUGUUAUCUUCUGGAAGACGAUUCCGCAUGAAUAUAUUGAACUCAUUUAAACUACCCUCUGUUAAUCUUGAUGGAGCGAGGCUUGUCAGGUCUUUGGGGAUUUGGUACCUUGUCACGUCAAGCGGGGAAAGAUUUAAUCUAAAAUCCGUUUAUGGAAUAAGCCUCCAAUCAAACGCCAGACCAAAGCUUCUGAGCCAAAAUGGUGUUUGGUACAUCACUGCAUCUGGUAAACGUUUUGAUAUACCAACUACACGUGAUACACAAAACGAAAACAAUGCACUUUCGGACGCUACUCUGGAAAGGGAUAGCGAUGGGUCUUGGCGGAUUGUUUUCAAUAGUGGACUACAAGUACACUUGACCACAUUGGGACUUGAUUCCAAUGACGUGCGGCUCCACUUGGAGAAUCAAGAUGGGAAGUGGUAUUUGAGAACUGAUUCAGGGAUUCGCUUCAGUAUUCAAUGGGACGGCUCACAAAUGAAAUUUACACAAGAGGGUGGACAGAGUUCAACAGUUACUAAAACUAUUGUCACUAAAACUGUAACCCGUAUCGGGCCAGAUGGUAAAGUACACAGGAAAGUCACAACAGAAGUACAGAACGAUGAAUGAGUCAACAAAAGGCGUCUGAGAUGAUGACAAAUUAGAAAUGGGUUAAACGCGCUAUGGGGUUCGCAGUAAACGUGCAGUGGACCUACAAUGUGCUAACUUUAGAUUUGCGAAUUUAACAUUCGACUGACUCGUGGAUACUUAAUGUGUUCGUACUAUUCAUAUUUAAAUAAAUUGGUUAUAAAAUACCUAUCGAAUCGUCACCCAACAAACUGCAGUUAAUACCAGCGAAUGCAACCUUAGCCUCACAAGGUGGAUGUGCCAUCGAUGGUACAAUGACAGAGAAUUAUUCAGACCUGACUGCUCAAGACCCACGGCUUGUUUUAAAUGAAUUAUAUAUUAUGUUGCUUUCGUUGCAUUUUCAUAGAGAAUUUGUACGUGAAUGUGUAAAACUAUGAUGCUCUUGUCAUUAUUUAUCCCCAUCGUAGUAUGCUAUAAUAAUUCCCCGAUUGAGUAGAAAAUAGUUUAAAAUAUAGUUUAAUUAAGCAUAUUGAAAAUUUAGUGAGGAACAGUAAGUCAUAGGGGUCAUAACACUUUACGUUUAUGUACAAGUUCUAUCAAAAAUAUUACUUAACCUCCCUCUUACAUUUAAAGAGGAACUGGGCACUGAACCUUGUGGCGCAUUUUACCACAUUGUCAUUCAAAUUCAGGAUCAAUGCAUUUAUAACGUAUUCGAAUUGUAUUCGAAGUGUAUGUGCUCCUUCAUAUUGUAGCCUGUAUAUGUAAUAUCUGAGUUUUGCGUUUUAUAUAUUUUGUAUUGUAAAUGACAUACCCUAUGAUAAAACUGUA